ACUUGACCAGGGUGUGCCACCUUUGGCGCAGGAGUCUGGUCGCAUAUUCUGGUCGUCCCCCCGGGCAAGUUACAUCAUUCAAGUCAAACCAUUUCUUCCACGUCUUCUUCAGUGUUGGCUUGCUCGCUCUGGUUGUUUACUCUUCACCCUUUGCAUUGUAUACAGUGCCCCAUGACGCAACCGCACUCGCAGCAGUCACCAACCUUAGAUGAUACUGGCGGCAAACUCUCGACUUCUCGAUAUCCUCCUUUCUGAGAGCAAGCGUUUGAAAAUGGUCGUCAAGCUCAUGCUACACCUGUGUGGCUGGGAUAUCAACUUCGACACACCUCGUUUGAGAGCCUUGGAAUGUGACUUUCUUGUUCUCCGACUCAGCAAAUUCUACGCACCAAAUAUUUCUCGCUUACACCUCAAUACUAACUGUCACUAUUUGGCCUCCGCACUCAAACCUCACAUUUCCUUUCACAAAGAUCUACAUCAUCUCCGCCUCCGCAACGCUUCCGUGUGUGCUUUAUGCUCCACUAUAACCAGUUUCCCCAUAUACUUUCCCGUUGUUUCUGGUGCUAGAAUUUAUUCAGCGACACUCAAGUCGAUGACCCUCCUGCUCCCCUCCUCGCAUGAGUCACAUCACUUCCGACAAGAGUUUAUCGACAUGUCCAGCCUCAUUCAUCUUCCGCAGAUUGACUCUCGUUGGAACACAAAAAUAGUGACAAAUUCAUCGUCUGUUGUCAAUAUUGGCGGGCAUCUUUCCAGGUGCCGGUAGUGGAUUUUCAGACGGAUGCAUCAUUCAGAAAAGUUCACAUAAGCAGUAUGAAGUCGUUGCUCUCAGUUGUUGGAGAGGUUGCUUUUUGUGGAAAUGUAUUUCAGAUCGACGAGUAUCGAAAUUUCGGGCUGAAGUUACGUUACUCGAGAUGAGUUUGCAUAUACGGAGUACACGCCGAUAAAAUCUACCAUGUCUUGAAGCUAUGUUUCGCGUCAAGUUUGAGCAA